UUUGUCACUGCGACCUUUACAAACUCUUCUUUCGUUAAUUAUCGAAUUCGAAAUCAAUACACAACAAAAAAGCAAAAUAUAUCGAAACUGAUUUUAACUAUGUCUGCUUACGAGUAUCCGAGAUUCUCUCCUCCCGAAAUCGUCACUGCCCUCAAGGAGGCUCAGAUCGUUAGCAUUACUGAAGCCGAUCUCAAAAACCCUAGUCCCGAGUUCGUCUCCGAGCUUUACACCAGAAUUCUUAUUUAUCUCGACGCCCUCAACGAAGAAGAGAAAGGGCAGGUUGAUUUUGAGGCUUUGCAGCAAUUGGAGAAUCCAGAUCAUCAUGUCACCUCAGUGCAAUCUAUGAAUCUGUAUUGUAAAGUUAAAGAUAUGCUAGAAAUGUUGGAUUGUCCAGAAGACAUGAAUUACAAGGAUCUGUUACGCCCCGAACCAGCCCGAACAAAGUUUUUCAUCAGCGCACUUUUGAAUUAUGGUCUACACAGAGUUUCAAAAAUGGAAGAAAUAAGACCAAUGGCAGAGGAGUUGACUCUCCUUGAUGAGCAGCGGAAGCAGUGGGAGGCAAAGGUUUCCCAGUUGAAUGCAGAGAUUGGAGAAUUUGAUGAAGCCGUUGAAAGGGAUUUUCCCUUUGUCCAAGAGCUAGAAGCCAACAUUGAAGAACUCAAUCAGAAAAUAUUAGGACUGAAUAACCAGCAGAUGUCACUGCGAGCUACUUUCCAAGAAAUGAGAGAGAAGAGUACACAGAUGGAUAACGAGAUUUCCAAAGCAGAGUUUGAUCUUGUGCAAACUGUCCAAGAAAAUGCAAACCUCCGCUCACAAAUUGUUCAAUCUCCAGACAAAUUGCAGGGAGCUUUAGAAGAGAAGAAACUAGUUCUUGGGGAAACAAAGAAAGCUGGGCAAUCAGCAAUGGAAACUUUCCAGGAAAAGGCUGCCAUUCUUGAGGUUUAUGAAAAGGCCUUCAAGAAAAUUUCAAAGUCAUCUUCGCAACUGCAUUUAAUUAACGAGCAGGUUACCAAUGCGAAAGCUGUUGAGAAAGAAUUCAAAACUCUUAAAGCUAAGCUGAGCGAGGAUGGAGUGGCGUACAAAUCACUUGAGGCGAAAGUGGUUGAGCGGGAGAGAAUAGUGGAACAGUUGAAUGAAUCAUUGGAACAACUAGAGAAAGAAAAAGCAGUCAUGUUUGAUGAUUGGACAAAACAAUUGGAUAAACUAAAAGUGGAGGUUGAAUCCAGAAGACGUGAACUUGAAGCCAGGCAAACGGAUGUUGAAUCAGUAGUAGCUGUGGUUGAUGACAAUACCGCCAAGAUUAAGCAAGUGAGAGAGUCAGGAGAAGCUAAAGUGAAACAGUUAGCCACUAAAUAUGAAGAGAUCGUGAAGCAGUUUCAUGAAUACAUGGUGUCGUUUGAUGCGUUUCUACCAAGCCUCUAAAGGUCAAAGGCAACUCUGAUUGAAGCUAAAUUAUAAGGUAGAGAGAUAGUAAUGACCACAUGUCCUCUUCAAAUGGUUAAAAGACUCGGGUAGAUACUAUUCGAUACUAAUGUGAUUGUAUAUUAUUUUUUCACCUGUCUAAUGUGAUUGUAUUAAAAUUGCAAAAUGUUAUAAAUUUUACAUUGACGUGGGAGA